CUUUUUUCUCUCCUUUUUUCACUUGGCCGUAUAUUUCUUGCUCUUCUGCUUGCCUUUUUCUAUUAUAUUUUAUCUUCUCUUUAUUUUACCUUCAAACUGCAAACCUAAAAUAGGAGCUUGUUUGUUGCUCAGACCUUCAGGAGAAAACAUCAUUUUAUUUUGCACAUCUAGCAGCGAUUCAUAUCCCUCACCGCUAAAAACAAAAAAACCACGCACCAACUGACAAAGAAUAAAUAUCAUGGCCCUUGCUACAAGAUCCAAGUCGUCGAUGGCAGCGCUUGCCAACACCGCCAUCGCCGUUGGUAUUACUCGGCAGCAGACAGGAGCCAUUGCCUCCUCGGCCCUCAAAGCCAUUCCCCGCCAGCAGCGGCGGUUUAAGGCCACCAUUCCUGCCCAGGAGAGCGCCCAGGCAUCGGCUGCCGCCCCUGGAACCAGCAACAGCACCGGAGCUGCCCAGAACUGGCCCGCCCAGCCCCUGGCACAGCGCGGAGAGAAGGAGUUUGACGACAGCUUUGUGGGCAUGACUGGUGGUGAGAUCUUCCACGAGAUGAUGCUCCGCCACGGCGUCGAGAAGAUCUUUGGCUACCCUGGAGGCGCCAUUCUGCCCGUCUUUGAUGCUAUCCACAACUCGACCUACUUUGACUUUAUCCUGCCGCGGCACGAGCAGGGUGCCGGCCACAUGGCCGAGGCCUACGCGCGUGUCACCGGCAAGCCCGGCGUUGUCAUUGUCACAUCUGGUCCCGGCGCCACCAACAUCAUCACGCCCCUGCAGGAUGCCCUGUCCGACGGCGUGCCGCUGAUUGUUUUUAGCGGACAGGUGCCCACCGCUGCCAUCGGAUCUGACGCCUUCCAGGAGGCCGAUAUUGUCGGAAUUUCGCGCUCGUGCACAAAGUGGAACGUCAUGGUGCGCGAUAUCGCUGAACUGCCGCGCCGCAUCAACGAGGCCUUUGAGAUUGCCAUGUCGGGUCGCCGCGGACCCGUGCUCGUCGACCUCCCCAAGGACAUCACCGGUGGUAUCCUCAACCGUGCCAUUGCCAACGCACGCCCCUUCCUUCCCUCGCGCCCGAUGCCCGAGAGCAUUGGCCGGUCUGGUGUCCACGACGCCGCGCGCAUGCACAACGACACCCUCAUGCGCGUAGCCGAGCUGUGCAACGGUGCCAAGAAGCCCGUCAUCUAUGCCGGCCACGGCAUCCUGUCGUCGCCCAACGGCUGGCAGCUGCUUCGCGAGUUUGCUGAUAAGGCUAACAUCCCCGUCACCACGACGCUCCUGGGCCUCGGCGCCUUUGACGAGCUCGACCCGAAGAGUCUGCACAUGCUGGGCAUGCACGGCAGCGUGUACGCCAACCUGGCUAUCCAGAGCUCCGACCUUGUCAUUGCCCUGGGCGCGCGCUUCGAUGACCGCGUCACCGGAAACCUGCGCCACUUUGCCCCAGAGGCCAAGAAGGCCGCUCUGGAGGGCCGCGGCGGCAUCGUGCACUUUGACAUUCUGCCCAAGAACAUCAACAAGACCGUCAACGCCGACAUUGCUGUCGAGGGCGACGUCGGCCAGAACCUGGCUUCGCUGCUGCCCCACAUCGAGCACCGGUCUCGCGACCUGUGGUUUGACAAGAUCCAGACGUGGAAGGCCAAGUAUCCGUUCUCGUAUGCCGCCGAGGUUGAUCCGUCGCGCGACCUCAAGCCGCAGUCGGUCAUCGUCGAGCUCGACCGCCAGCUCCAGCACGAGAAGCACAACACUAUUUUGACCACUGGUGUCGGCCAGCAUCAGAUGUUUACCGCGCAGUACUACCGCUGGCGCUCACCGCACUCGUUCAUUUCAUCCGGCGGUCUCGGUACCAUGGGCUUCGGCGUGCCCGCAGCCAUCGGCGCCAAGGUUGGUGCUCCCGAGAAGACUGUCAUCAACAUUGACGGUGACGGCUCAUUCUCCAUGUCUGCCAUGGAAAUGGCCACCUCGGCACAGUACGGCAUUGCUGCCAAGCAGCUUGUGUUGAAUAACAACUUCCAGGGCAUGGUCAAGCAGUGGCAGGACCUGUUCUACGACAAGCGGUACUCGCACACUCCCAUGCGCAACCCGGACUUUGUCAAGCUCGCCGAGGCUAUGGGCGUGCGCGGCAUGAAGGUUACCAACCUCAACGACUUGCCCGCAGCCAUCGAGGAGUUCUUGAAGGAGCCCGGACCAGUCAUGCUCGAGGCCGUCGUUGAUGCCUCAGAGCACGUCUACCCGAUGGCUCCCGGCGGCAAGCCCCUGCACGAAAUGGUGCUUGGAAAUGGCCAGAAGGUCGAGUUCUAACAUAAAAAAGUAUAGGACUUUUUAGUUUUAAUUCAAUUUAAUAUGCAACAUCUUCAUUCAAAA